CACUGUAAAUGCUACCUUCCAGUGAAAGGUUUGAUGAAAAAUACAUUAUUACUUGUGAGGUUUUACUGAACUCAAAGUUCAUUGAAUCACAAGGUUUCUCUUUCCUGUUGGUAAUUUUCUGCUGACUUUGGCAGGUGACCUAGAGUUCACCACCACAUUCAAACUCAAACACACUUCCUGUGGUGCUGACAUUUUGUAGCUGCGUGCUAAGAGAGUUUGAAUUAAGAAAUGCACAGUAAAAGGGUCCAUGCUGCUUUACCCGACCCUCCUUAUCAAAGAAGAGAUGAUAAUGAAGAAGAGGAAAAGGUUUUUGGGAAUAUUUUUGCAGAACUGGAAUCUGUGGAUCUUCCUCUGGGAACCACAUUAAGAUCCAUUUACGAUGACCAGCCAAAUGCCCACGUGCGCUUCAUGGAGAAGCUGGAUGCCAGGAUAAGAAAUCAUGACCGUGAGAUUGAGAAGAUGUGCAAUUUCCACCACCAAGGGUUUGUUGACGCUAUCACAGAGCUCCUCAAAGUCCGGACUGAUGCAGAAAAACUUAUGGGUCAAGUGACAGACACGAAUCGACGACUACAAGAAGCUGGGCGGGAGGUGACAGCUCAAACUGGGGAGGUGAUUCGCUGUCGGAUUCAGCAGAGGAACAUGGCCACAACUGUGGAGAAACUCCAGCUCUGUAUACCAGUGCUAGAAAUGUACAGCAAACUUAAGGAGCAGCUGGAAUCCAAAAGAUACUACGCUGCCCUGAAAACUAUGGAACAACUGGAGAAGGUCUUCAUCCCUCGAGUAAGCCACUAUAGGUUCUGUCAAAUCAUGGCUGAAAACCUGCCCAGAUUGAGGGAAGAGAUCAAGGAGAUCUCUAUGUCUGACCUAAAGGACUUCCUGGAGAGCAUAAGAAAACACUCGGACAAAGUUGGAGAGACUGCCAUGAGACAGGCACAGCAACACAGAACCUUUAACAGUGCAGUGGCGAAGCAGGCCAGUGCUAGUCACUACACUACGCCUUUGUACUCUCUCAAUGGCCAAACACACACGCACAACAGUCUCAUGAUGGACGAUGACGCAGAAUAUGAGGAUGAUGGUGAUGAGGAGAUUCUUACAGCUCAGGAUCUUGUGGAUUUCUCACCUGUCUACAGGUGUUUACACAUUUACGCUGUGCUGGGAGACAGAGAAACGUUUGAGAAUUACUACAGGAAACAGAGGAAAAAACAGGCCAGGCUAGUUCUGCAGCCACAGGCUAACAUGCAUGAAACAGUGGAGGGCUACAGAAGAUACUUCAAUCAGAUUGUAGGGUUCUUUGUUGUGGAGGACCAUAUCCUCCAUGCCACUCAAGGGUUGGUGACCAAAGCUUUCACUGAUGAACUGUGGAAUAUGGCCUUGGCCAAGAUCAUCGCUGUGCUCCGCACACACUCGUCAUACUGUGAGGAUCCAGACCUGGUCUUGGAACUGAAGAACCUUAUUGUUAUAUUUGCGGACACACUACAGGGUUUUGGUUUCCUUGUGAAUCGGCUAUUUGACCUGCUGUUUGAGGUUCGAGAUCAGUACAAUGAAACUCUACUGAAGAAGUGGGCCCUGGUAUUCAGGGAGAUCUUCGAAUUGGACAACUACAGUCCCAUCCCAGUGGAAACAGAUGACGAAUAUAACCUGGUGGUCAGUCGCUUCCCAUUUCACGAUGCAGAGAUAGAAAAGCAGGAUUUUCCGAAGAAGCUGCCAAUGUCCCAGUCUGUGCCAACGAUAUAUAUGCAAGUAAAGGAGUUCAUUUAUGCCAGCCUCAAGUUCUCUGAAUCGCUUCACCGCAGUUCAACAGAGAUUGAUGACAUGCUGCGGAAAUCAACCAAUCUUUUGCUGACAAGAACACUCAGCAGUUGUCUGCAAAACCUCAUCAAGAAGCCGCACAUAGGGCUGACCGAGUUGGUGCAGAUCAUCAUCAAUACCACCCACCUCGAGCAGGCCUGCAGGUAUCUUGAGGAAUUUAUAACAAAUAUCACUAAUGUGUCUCCCGAAACGGUGCACACGACAAGACUCUAUGGCUUGUCUACUUUCAAGGAUGCACGUCAUGCUGCAGAAGGAGAAAUUUAUACCAAACUGAACCAGAAAAUUGAUGAGUUUAUCCAGCUGGCGGAUUAUGAAUGGAGUAUGGCUGAGUCUGAUGGACGUGCCUCAGGUUAUCUCAUGGACCUAAUCAAUUUCCUACGAUCCACAUUUCAAGUCUUCACACACCUCCCGAAUAACAACAAUGACCAUGCAUCAAUGUCGGGUAAAGUGGCCCAGACAGCUUGUAUGUCAGCAUGCAAGCAUCUGUCCACAUCGCUGAUGGAAAUGCUGCUGGACACAGAACUGAAACAGAUCAGCAUGGGCGCCAUUCAGCAAUUCAACUUAGAUGUAAUUCAGUGUGAAUUGUUUGCCAGCUCCGAGCCAGUCCCAGGCUUCCAAGGAGACACACUGCAACUGGCUUUUAUCGACUUAAGACAGCUCCUGGAUCUGUUCAUGGUGUGGGACUGGUCAACUUAUCUCGCAGACUACGGUCAGCCGACCUCCAAGUACCUUAGAGUAAACCCAGCCACAGCCCUGACUUUACUUGAGAAGAUGAAGGACACCAGUAAGAAGAAUAAUAUCUUUGCUCAGUUCAGGAAGAACGACAGAGACAAACAGAAGUUGAUAGAGACUGUUUUGAAGCAGUUAAGGAGCCUGGUCAAUGGCAUGUCCUCCUAAGGUCAUGUGUCACUCGUACAUGUUCUUAAACUGAAACUGCCAAGACUCAGUCAGGCCAACGCUUUCAUUCAAUGAAUGAAGUGACCCACUCCCAGGAAUAUCCAAGCACAUAACUUCCAGGGCCCAAUUUAUGAAAGGUUUACGUGCCCAUACUGUAUAUGGGCACACAAUUGAUUGCUCACCCAAACAGAUGUGCAAGUUCGUUCAUCGACUAAUCUAGUGCACCCAGCAUUUGAUCUGCCAAAUAUACUGAACUGCCUGCAGCACAGUUCAUUUUUGUAUAUCACUACCAUCGGGCCGGAACCUCCUCUGUCACAAUUGGGUCAAUUUAACCCUUUCAUGCACCAUUAAUGAUAACCUGUAACCUGAUAACAUGAUAAGCUGUCCACUGUAGAAACCGCUAUCCCUGAAAGGGUUAAUUUAUUAAAAAAAAAAAAUUUUUUGCAAAUGAUUCACCAAUGUGACAUGUUGAAAAUGGUUUGCUUUCUUUGACGAUGUAAAUUCAUGUUUUGGGAUCUAUGAGGAUUCAGCCCGACGCCAGCCAAAGAGAUUCAUUUAGCAUGCGUCUGUGAUUGAUUCAAGCUCCGAGCUGAAUUGCAAUGGCUAAUUUGGCGUCUUUGAAGAACAAGUCUGAAAAGCGGGUGUAAACCAGCACGCAAAGCCACGCUGGCGGAGCGCAGCAAAACGCAAGUGCAAAACCUGCUUUAAAGUUGCUCCCGACACACUUCGACACCCCUUGCCAGCGUCGCAUGCAAUCUGUUCGAGUGAGUGAAAAUGCAAUCUCAUGCCCACUAUUUGGGAUCUUUGUAAAUAUGGCCCGUAGAGUGAUUUGACACGUUCUACUGUUAUGAGACACGAGACGGAGCACUCACUACACGUUGUACAAAAUGUGCAGUGAACAAACUCUUAAUACUACAUACGUAAAACUACAAUACUGAAUACAGCACCUAAAUAUAAUACAGAA